AAAAAGGAAAUCCCAUUUGUGAAAGAAACAAGGUGAUUGUAGUUAUUUAUGCAGCUAUCAAGGGCUUCGGUGAUCUACUUUGGCGCCCUCAUCUUACUAUAAAGGGGUUUAGUCAAUUUCUCAGGUCAUUACUCAUCCUUGUGACCUUCCUCGGUCUGUGUUAUGCUUGUUUUCGAUGGCUAGGUGUCAGUGAUAUCUUUCAGACCAUACUUGAAAAGGCUGGGGUUUCUAAGGGGGGAGAGCCCUGUCUUUAUGUUUUAGUAGAUGCUUCGGGUGGGAAGGGGGGCUCCUUGUGGUGGGCCUUCUUUCCAUUUUUGGUAUGGCCGACUCCGUGGUUAACAUGAUGAAUCCAGCUUCCGGCCCAUCAAGCUCGUCCUCGUGGAAGGAGGAUUCCUUCGAGAUUCAGGUCCUGUUGGAGCCUUUUUCCGAAACGGACACGGAGGGCACCAAUUACUCACAAUGCGAGCUGCGAGUCAUCACUCAAAAAUAGAAUAGAAUAAAACUCCUAGAAAAGGAGAAUACCCCAUUUCUUCUUGAUAAGGAAAGGGGGGAAUAUUGGACUGAAAUCAAAAAGGCCCUGGAUUCCGCUCCGUCUCAACUAGAAUAUAAUCGGUUACUCGAGUUCGAGAAUCAGGAUCUCCAGAUCCGGGAGCUGAAACACUCAUGUUAUAAACUUUUUCUAAAAACGCUUUCUGAACAUCCUUACUUGUUGGAAAAUGCAAAACAACCCAAUCCUCAUGAUGCCAUUCUUUCGUUCUUUGACGAGACGCGUGAAGAACUAGAUAACGAGCUCCCACAGUCAAGCCACCUUGCAGACAGAGAAGAAGUUGCCAUUUUAACUAAAAUGGAUCACGAUAUCAGAAAACAUGGCCCCAACUCAUACUAUAUUAAGAGGAUUUUGGGUUAUUUUGAUGAUAAGGAUGACGGUUUCUAAUGCUCCGAAGGUGAUGGUUGUUAUGUUAAUGGGAAAUGCAGGGAGUUGAAACCAGAAGCUAGUGCGAACAUUUCUACGGAGGGCUGGGGUGUCGUAAUAUAGGGUAGCCAUAGGGAAACCUGUGGCUGGAUUGAAUCCGAAGGGUGCCUUGAACUGGCCCAACUAACUGGGCCGGGUCACUUCACUUUUGCUUACUACUACUUUUUUACUGCUUCUCUUGCAAAAACAGUACAGGAACUGGUUAAAAAAAAGGGGAGGGACCGACGCCGGACGGGCAGACCUCUAAAGAUCCGGUCAAAAGGAUAGCCCCAGGUACGCUUGGCGCUGGAUUGAAUCACCCCUAUUACCUGGAGUAGGUUAGUCAUUGGUUGGGUAUGGUCGGGCGAACCGACUCCCAGAUGUAGUCUGUAAGGGGCGAACUCAAGGUCAAAGAAAGCCUCUUAUCCGAUUCAGAGUUUUUCUUCAAAGCCAGAGAUUCUUCCUGAUUCACUUUUCCUUUUAAGGAAGGACCCCCAAUUGUAGGCCUGAACUCGAAUUCUCAUGCCCCCCCCCACAUAUUCUGCCAUUAAGCCUUAUUCCAGAAUUCCACAGAUAUGAUUGAGGUAAGCCCUUAGUCAAUAGGGCUAGCUUUUGAUCAAUGUUACCAGAAUCAGUCGUAUGCCCAUUUCCCUAGCUAACUAAAGAGAGAUGGGUUAUCUUUUCGAGUUAACCAUGGUAGGGAAUGAUGGCUAGGUUUCAACGCUAGUCUAUCAACAUGCAUCCUAUGUAGCGAGAUUCAGACUAUCACUAGAUAAGCUGCAACCGAUCUAGCGAAAAUAACUUAUUCUUAUAACGCGAAAUUUCAUUCUAUCUUCCAUCUCGCCAUCAGCUUUCCUAAUCGAGUUUACUUAUAAUAUAAGUAAAAGCCUAAUAUAGAAUAGAAUAAGAAAUGAAAUUAUGCCAUAUUAACAGAACUCCACUACUCGCCACUCGCCCUAUUGAUUACAGGCUGUAGCUAUCAGCUAUCGCUUCUUUCACGAAAACCAAUCCGAUACGUUGCCGGCAAGACAUUACGUCGAGCUUUCCUUGGGUCGUAUCGACGGUGGAUUUACUUCAUUCAGGAAGGGAAGAAGUAAGCGAUAGCUCAAGCAAGGAAUCAAUAAGACGGUCUAUGAGAUUGAAUCUGAACGAUCUUCUCUCUUCUAGUGCUUCCAUCCUUCCUACUUGUAUUCAUUAUUCUUUUUUCUUUUAGGUUUGCUAGUAAUUUACUUGUGGUGUCAGAUGUUCUUCAUUUGCAUCAUAGGCCUUCAUGGCCAGACUUGGGAAGGUACUGUCUAUUCUCUGCCCUCUGGCGCAGUUAGUAGCGUAGCUCAGUUCCGUUCAUCCCGGGAGUGGUGCUUUGCGGAGUAGUUUGUUUAUUUGCUCAUAUGGAAAGUCUGUCUCUUCUCAGCUCAGUUCCGUUCUUUCUAGUUUUCUGGCGGGCAGGCUAACAGGCAUCAAGGCUGAACGAAAGGGCAGCGCAGCUUCGUUCGUUCUUUCCGUCUUCAAGCUUGUUUCCAAAUUCUAUAUGGGAUUAUCUUGUCUUCUAUUCUGGAGACUCUUCCUCCCAGCCUUCUCGAGUAGCCCAGAUGCAGGUGCUUGUGGGCGCGUUUCAAUAUUAUGUAAUAUAUUAUAUGCCUUAUGUCAGAUUCUUUAGGUGGGUCCCCCCCCUAAUACCCCUGGCUUUACUGAUCACUCCUUGCUUGUUUAUUGUUAUCAAUACAAGACUAGGCUAGGACCUGUAAAGAUGUAUGUGUAUGGUGGCCCCCGUCCUCAUCGGCGGCAUACAUUGAUAGGGAGCAGUUCGAGGGGCAUUAUGUAUGUGUGGCAAGCGCUACUGCCCUUCUCUGUUCCUGAGCGGGAGGUACCCCUUGCCCCUGUGACAUUGGUCCUCUGCAUCCGAAGGGCCCUGGGAUAGUUGGGUCGACUUCUUGCGCCUGUAGGAAGAUCGGUGUGAUCUCUUCAUUCCCCGUUCUUCGCCAGAUCUCUCCGCUGGGCGAUCCGGAGAGCAGGGGCUCUGUCUCGUAUCCUGUCGUUGGCCGUUGGGUUCAGCUUGAGACUCGCUUUUUUGAAUUGAUCACACCCAUCUGGAUUGGCCCUCCAUAUGCAUGAAAGGUCUGAUUAUGGUUGCCGUAGGUCGGGUUGUAGUGGUUCGCAGACGAAAGAUCGGAUGUAGGUUCUCACUGGUCUGGCGAGUGAGAUGGACAGCCUAACUGUCAAACGAACUAUCCAUUCGUUGUAGUACGCUACGAGCAGAGCACCGAUAGUUCUGCCAGCCAUUGGGUAUAGAUGAAUCCGUCCGCGGGUCACAUCCCUUCGGAUUCCUCUCUAUAUGAGGUAACCACGUCCCAUUGGGGCAAUGCCGCCGGGCGCCCUGGACUCCCCCAACAGUCUUAUUCUCGCUGUUCUCACACGCCUAAACGUUGGGACGGCAUGAAGGAGCAAUCCCUGCCUCUUGAAUUCGACUAAAGGGUAGCCGGUGUGGAACCUCCGGCUGGAUUGGAUCCUUCUCUUAACGAAUAAGAAUAAUAAUAAGAAGAAGAAUGAUUAUGAAGGGCUUCCCGUUGAAGCUAGGAGUUGAAUCAUCGAUUGAAGUAUUUCAGUAUGAGUGCUUGUUCUGUUUCGUAUCAAGUAGGGAUCCUCUGUUUAGCUCAUCGAUCGCUUUAAUCGGUCGAGCUGUCAUCCGGAAUAUGUCCUUUGGUGAAUCUCUCCCGUGCGUCUUCGCUAGGGCAGAGCGCUCAUUCCUUUUUCAAAAUACUUCCCGGGGAAUCUCUCGUACUGUAUCGAUCGGUCAUCCGUGAACUCUCGCAUCUGUUUAGCGAAUUUCUUUUCUGUUUAGCUUAGCUCAUCCCGCUUAUCUCUCAUCUCGGUUUAUAGAAAACGUUCUUCAUGGCCCUUUUUAUUUGCUAAAUCUAAGUUUGUUUUAGGUUUGGGUCACGAUAGGUCCCUUCAAAUGCAAAAGAUAGGCCGUUUAUUGAAACUUUCAUUCUAUAAGUUAUAAGUAUAGUACGCAAGGAAGGCCCUAUCUGAAAGGAAGGUAACGGCUGGCACAUAGGGACAUCGGUUUAAGCUCCCUCAAUGGGUAGCUCAUCUCAUUGGCUAGCUAGCUCAUAUGGAAUAGGUCUCUGGCUUGCUCCUGUCCGCUCUUUGGUUAUCUAUCGGAAAGAGUCGUAAUCUUUCCUUUCUGUCCACAAACAAAUGAUUUAUAUCGAUUCCCGCGAAUCUGGAAUCUCUGUAAAGUCAAACUAUGGCAAACGGUCAAAGCGUUCUUCUAAGGGAAGAAGAAAGGAAUCUGAAGAGGAAGGUCAGAAAUUGCGUAUAAUACACAUCAUGUGGUUUUUCCAGAAAAACUGGAACAAUUAUGGAAAAGUCUUGUGUCCCAGGCCGAGCAGAGCAUAGAUUUCUUAUUUUAUUCAUGGCACCUCUCAAAUUCACAAAGUUAGGGAUGUGGUAUAGGUCUUCUUUUAUUAAUCACAAAGAUGAUUUGCUUGAAAAGAGGACUCAUUACCUAAACUCAUAAACUAUGGAUGAAAAUGCUUUUCAUUCUUUUUAAGACUCAUUACCUAAAAGGGAAAAAGCCUUCCUUACCGUAUCAAGAACUCCCUCUUAUGCUUCGUAUUCCCCUACGGAUGGUGGAUACUGAAAGACAACGGAAGGAAGGAGGGAAGGCGGCGCCGGCUAGUAGGUCUGAGUAGGACGAUACGCUUACCUUUCCCUUGCAGCAAACGUAACCCGAACAGCACACGCAAACCAUGCAGCAAGCGUAACCCUGACAUCGUGCUAUGCGCUAGGGGCUGGGAAGUGGGAGGGUGUGGGUGGUAAGCGCGGUAGGAGCUUUCUUCGCAGUGUGCGUUCUGCUAUCUGAGCGUAUGUAGCGUUCUGGCGCCUAUUGCUUUCUUUCUUUCUUUAGCUAGCUAGCUUGCUUGCUGGUGGCUAGCUUGCUACCCGACCAAAAGACUGAUAUAACAACCUCUUUCCUGGUUCUAGACCAAGCCCCCUUUUUGGAGAAGAGUUCAUUUCUUUCACCACCUUCCCCGGAAUCAAGGUCUCACGAU